AUGUUUUGUCGCGUGUCUCACACGCUUAUGCGGCGUACUGCGCAGUGUCUUUCGACUGCGAAUGCCUCUGGCUUUGGCAUCUGCUUUGAGCUUUCCGAGCAGCAAACGGAAGUGCGGGACCUCGCUCGACGCUUUGCAAAGGAGAAAAUAGCUCCAGCCGCUGCCGAUCUGGAUCGGGCUAUGGAAUUCCCUAAUGAACUCUUCAAGGAGGCCUGGGGACUUGGGCUUGUAAACAUGCAUAUUCCCCGGGGGUACGGUGGGCUUGGCGCCUCCUGUGUGGAGGGCGUUUUAGUACAGGAGGAGCUUGCAUGGGGCUGCUCCGGCGUUUCCACCACAUUCGAGUCAAACAGCCUCGCCGAGGCGCCUCUUAUUAUUGCUGGUAACGACGCUCAAAAGAAAAGCUUCCUUGGGCGCAUGUUAGAAGAGCCGUUGAAAGCGGCCUGUUGCGUCAAAGAACCAGUGACAGGCCCCGAUGCAGCGGGAAUCAAGACCUUUGCCAGGAAGAAGGGCGAUGCCUAUGUGGUCAAUGGGCAAAAAAUGUGGAUUACCAACGGUGGCGUGGCGAACUGGUAUUUUUUGCUCGCCAACUCGGAUGAAGGCUUUGUUGGCUUUGUGUUGGAUGCGAACAGCCCGGGAAUCACACCUGGGAAAAAGGAGACUAACAUGGGCCAACGCUGCUGUGACACACGUGCGAUUUUAUUUGAGGAUGUUGUUAUUCCUGCAGCGAACUUGCUUGGGAGGCCUGGCGACGGCCUUAAGAUUGCCAUGCGUGCAUUUGACUUUACCCGUCCACUGGUGUCAAUCAGUGCGGUGGGUGUUGGUCGGCGUGCGAUGGAGGAGGCCCAGGAUUAUUCGAAUCAAUACAAAUUGAUGGGAAAACAUGUUUCAGAGCAUCAAUCCGUUGCGUUUAUGCUGGCAGACAUGGCAGCCGGGCUAGAGGCGAUACGCUUGUUGGUCUACCGCGCCGCCUGGGAGGUUGACCAGGGUAGCGGAAACACCUUCUAUGCGUCAUCCGCAAAGAUGCUUGCUUCUGAUUACUGCGAGAAGUGUGUUGCGAACGCGGUGCGGAUAUUCGGUGAAAACGGCUUCAACACGGGGUACCCCGUGGAGAAGUUGUACAGGGACGCAAAGAUCAUCUCCAUUUACGAGGAAACGAGUCAAAUUUAG